CACUACCCAGUUCUGAGGGCUCACGGAGCUGAGGCGUUGAAGGACACAGGCCAGUCGGGAGCUGUGUGUGAAGCAAAGGACAUCGGCGGCAUGUCCUUCUUCUCAUCAACAUUUCACCGCCUGAGAAUCUUUGAAAAGAUUUCUGGGAUAAAAGAGGGUCUCAAGAAUUGGCUGCUGGACAUUACAAAGCAUCAACACAGAGCAGAAGGGCAACAAAGGAAACGGCCCCACACCAUCAUUCAGGGGCUCCUACGCUGGGGUCUUCCAGUUUCCUGGAGCCGGUUUCUAUGUCGCCAGCCAGGGGAGUUCCCAGCAACUGCUUUCCUGCUGGGAGCAGGCACUGGUGGGCUCCUGGCCAUAGGUCUCUUUCAGCUCUUGGUGAACCCCAUGAACAUUUAUGAGGAGCAGAAGGUGGUGGCGUUAUACAGCUUGGCAAGCUUAGGGGCCGUAGGCUGGGGGACCUCCCCUCACAUCCGCUGUGCCAGUCUCCUGUUGGUACCCAAGAUGCUGGGCAAAGAAGGCAGACUCUUUAUCAUGGGAUACGCUUUGGCUGCUAUCUACAAAGGGCCGGUGGCCAAUCUACAAUCCAACAUCAACGAGGUGAUAGCAUCCCUGGGCUGCACUGUGGAGCUGCAGAUCAACAACACCCGAGCCGCCUGGCGUGUCUCCACAGCCCCUUUGCGGGCAGUGAUCAAGAACAUGCUGAGCAGCAAAGAUUCGUUGCAAACAGAGAUUCAGAAUGUCUCUGUAUCCUUUGAGGACCUGGAUGACCAGGUGAAGAGUGACAUUGGCUACUCAUCUGAGGACAGGAAGACAGACCCAGGCACAGAGGCUCUCGGAGCCUCCCGAGCCCGACCCUACCUGUCCACACAGAUGAUGUAUGAACUGAGGACCAAGCUACGCUGCACCCAUAUAGUAAACAAGGCCAUCCGAAGCUGCCGCCGCUGGUUUGAUAAGAAGCAUAAACGGUGCAUGCAACGCAUCUGGGCCCCAGUCAUUAACAACCUGCUCUGCCUGCCAAUGAAGUUCAAGUUCUUCUGUAGCAUUGCCAAGGUGAUGGAGAUCUGGUGUCAGAAACGCAUCCCCGUGGAAGGCAACUUUGGGCAAACCUAUGACUCGGUCAACCAAUCUAUUCGUGGUCUGUCUGGAGACUUUUCAGCCCGUAUUGACAUUAAGGAACAGAAUCAGUCCGCAGUGGUGGGUCUCAACACGAGCUGGGAGCACGUGAGCAUCGAGCUGCGGGACUACAUUCACCAGCAGGAGGCCCGUCUGCACUGGGCUGUGGGGCUGCUGCAUGUGCUCCUGUCCUGCACCUUCCUGGUGGUCUUCCAUUCAGCCUUCACCUACAUGGAUAACUACAACUGGAACAUCCGCUUUGACAACAUCUACAUCAACACCUAUUUCUAUCAGAUCGAUGCGCGCAGGAAGAAGCUGGGCAAACAGAGUCUGUUGCCACUCCGCAAGGCAGAAAAGAAAUCUGUUAUCUUCCCUUUCAAGGCUACUAUCCAGGCCUCAGAAAUGCGGAACCUGGUAAGGGAGCUCCUAGAAACUCUGCCUAUCCUGCUGCUGCUGCUGGUUCUGUUCGCCAUCGACUGGGCACUCUACUCUGUCUUUGACACCAUCAGUCGCCACUCCUUCCUGCAGUACUCCUUUCGCAGCAGUCACAAACUGGAGGUAAAGGUUGAAGGAGACUCCAUGCUCGCCAACCUUCUUCGAAAAACCAUCGGAGCUUUGAACACCUCCACGAAUACAGAAGUGGAAACAAACAACAUGCCCUGCCUGCCCCGACCUGUUGGCCUGAAUGCCAGGGGCUAUUUUACGGCUUCACUGCCAACCUUCCUGCUUACGUGUCUCUGCCUAGCUCAGGCCUUUGGCUACCGACUCCGGAGAGUCAUCGCGGCCUUCUACUUCCCCAAGCGAGAGAAGAAGCGGGUUCUGUUCCUCUACAAUGAGUUACUGAGGAAGAGAUCAGCUUUCACUAAACUGAGGCGGGCCGCCAUUGUUCGUCGGGCCCGUCGGCAGAAAGCUCCACGCCACUACCUGGUGGACGCUCUGUACCGACGGUGCCCUCUCCUGCGCCGCUUGACGCGUCUGCGCUGCGUGGUGUGUAAGGCACUGGAGACGCCCGAGUCCUACGUGUGCCCCACGCCAGACUGCAAGGCCCUGUACUGCCGGUCGUGCUGGGACGACAUGCAACGGCGGUGCCCGGUGUGCACGCCCCGCGAGGAGCUCUCUUCAUCCGCCCACAGCGACAGCAACGACGACGCUGUAUAUGGCGAAUGAAGGGAUGCUGCCCGCUUUCUUGCUUAAUAAAGUGUGAUGUAC